ACAGUAAAGGUUACUUUUUCUAAGUCCAUACAAAACAUCAUAUCCUUUAUCCAGUGUGAAUGUGAAGGGGGAUCAUUCCAUCUUAAUAAGACAGCUCUCCUGGCAAUUAAUGAUGAAAGUGAGAGAAUUCUUUGUUUGACGCCAAAGAUGGCGGAUAAAGGGUUUGACUUGAUCUCACAGUGCAAGACGUCAGAUAUAGUACGGAAGGCUGACGUCUAGAAAUUAGCUGGAGAAGGACAAGACCAAAACAUGUGGAUUUAUGUAGCAGGUGAACUGCUAUACCUGUCACAUGUUGGGUCCAUGUUUGGGUAAAUGCACACCAGUUUAGCUUUAGAGAGGUGUACCUGGUGGAUAACUUUAAAUUACAGAAGUGUGUGGUGAGUACACAUCAAGGAUGAAAACAGAAUCCCACACCUUGUUUUUUUUACUGUCCCACAGCCACCCUGAUGUAAUGUCAUGAAAAAUGAAACUACUUGCAGUUGAAUGAUUGACAGAUGUAAUUCUGAGGUCUUAUGUUCAGAUGUUCUUUCUAAGUAUUGUGAGUUGUUUUCUCAGGUCAUCGUUCGAGGCGGCUCAGCAGUGGGCCUUACCUGUUCAGUUCUGUCAGCUCCACAGUCUGGAGCUCAGCCUGAUUUAUCCCAGGCACUGUGCUGAGGACAGACAAUUUGUACACUUUUUAUUGUUUGUCCAACUGCACAAUUUCCCACCCCAGCAGGUGAGGUCCCUGGUAGGUCUCUUUGACCCCGUCUUGCAGGCUCACCUAAGCCUCGCAUUUCAAGACCUGCAGGUUCACAAUCAGACGAGCCGAGACCCUCAGGAACAGUUGGGCUUUUUGAGAACAGACGUGGCCGCUGGGGGCUCUGAACAUGGUGGGGAGCUGUUCCAGGUGCUGCUGCAGAGCCAGGAGAAGCAAGUGUCAUGGAAGUUUCUCCUACAUGAAGCAAUAGUUCAACACUGCCCGAUGCUGGCAGUACUUGCUGCCUGUCUGCAGGGAACAGAUCUGCUGUCAUGUCUGUGUGUGUGGAUGCUGACCUCUGUCGUUGACACAACAGAAGAGGCCACUUCACACCUCACCGAAGCCCCCCAGGACCAUGAAUGGACCCUCCAUGACCUGUCAGUCAUCUGGAAGACGCUGCUGAGGCAGGGUCACACCUGGGUCCUCCUGCGAGGAUUUGAGCUUUUUCAGCAGGAUUGUCCCCUGGUGUUGGUGCUGAGAAUGUUCGAGUUGUGUUGCGAUUACAGAAAAUUCACUGAGGCCAAGACAAAGUUGUUGGACUUUCAGAGGACACUUAUUGCUCUCAGAAACUGUGGUCCAGAGGCUGCAGGCAGCCUUCCUCUGCAGUGGGUGGAGAGCCAAGCCUCAGUGCUGCUCCUCACCAUGCUGCUGCGCUGCUCCUCCCAGUACGACCUUCACCAGCUGCUGCAGCUCCUGGCUGACGUUGACAAACUUCUCAAAUCCAAUGGUCCAGACUUCAGGAAGUUGAGCCAGCUGAGUCAGUUACUGCAAGGAUCAGGUGUGACUCUGUCCCAGAGCCUGCUGCAGUGCAUUUCCCCCUCUGUCCAGCAGGAGGAGUUUCAGCUGAUAGUGGAUGCUUUGCAAACUGGAGGAUGCUACAGCCAGGCCAGACAGGUGGCAGUGCUGGCUGGUCUGCCUGUUCACCGCCUCCUCAUGAGCCAGCUGCUUCAGGAAGUAAACUUCCACAAGAGCAAGUGGCGGUGGAGACGUUUGGAGACCCGAGUGGCCUUCUGGAAGAAGUGCCACAGGCGACUGAAAGCUGACAGCACUGACCCAGAGUCAGCCGCGCAGUUCUUUUUAUCUCAGUCUGACGCCGCCGCCGGCCCUGAUGGUGACCAGGCUCAGACAAAUGUUUUGGACAUCCAGGAAUGCUGCUUGCUGCUCCAGCUCACAGCUCACUGGCUUUCUUUGCUAACCCCUGUUCCUGUGGAUGAGCUACAGAGGCUGGAGAAAAAGCUGUGGUUCUGUCAGGUCCAGAAGCACAUUCUCACAACUACAAUAGAGGAAAAGAGCAUGUUUAACCUGCUGCCACCAGCAAUCACACCUGAAACCAACGAAUAUGAGAUGUUCAUGAAGGAGUUUUCGUUCUCUAACAUUGCAGACCUGAAUAUGGAGAAGUACCUGAGUCUGGAGGGAUUCCCAGAAAAGCCUGAGGAGUUGGAAACAGAAUCAGAUUUAAGUUCUGAAGAGAGAAGAGUUUUAGCAAUACUUAUUGACCAGUUACUAGAUAAGGGUAGUAUACAUGAAGCCAGUCGUGUUUGCCGCUAUUUCAAUAUGCACAAUCCAGAUGUAUGGUUGGUCCUGUGCUGCCAUGCUCUGGCAUGUGGAUUCUUGGUACCGGAACAACAAGGGCAGACCUCAGAACCCAUAGAAACAAAGGCUCUAACCCAGUCCCCCUCACUCAGCAGUCUGUCCUCAUUUGUGAUGGUGCCCCUCCAUGAAGAUGCAGUCACUGUCCAGAUCCAGAAACGGGUGGAUCAGUGUCGCCAUGGGAGCAGCUACUGCAAACAAGUCCUCAGUCUCUACCAGCUCUCCAAGGAGCUGCAGUGCCUCUUCAGUCAUAUCAGCAGAGAAGAGCCUCAUUCUGUGUUAGAGAAGCUGCUGUUGUUGGUGCAACCAGAUCGGUUCAGGAUGGCCAAGACCUUCAUCAAAACUCAGGGUCUCAGUGCUGACAGUGUGGCUGAGCUGGUCUCUAAUGCAGUGGUUCAAGGCCUGCUAGCAGCAACCCAGGAGCUGCAGUCUGGAGAAAGGCUGAUUUUCAGACCAUCAGAGGGGCAGGAGUCACUGAUACAACUGAUCAGACUGUGUGAAGAUCCAAACAUAGUGGGCCUCAAACUGCUGGAAAACCUUAACUCUGUUCCACUGAGGGACCUGAACUCCAUUGUGGAGCUGCUGAUUGUGGCUCACAGCUGUUUCAGUCUCACUUGUAACAUGGAGGGAAUUGUUCGAGUUCUCCAAGCUGCUCGUCAUCUCAGCCACACCUACCUGGCUCCAGGAGAGCACUACAGCCUGCUGGUGCGUCUCCUGACGGGUAUUGGCAGGUACAAUGAGAUGACGUACAUCUUCGAUUUGCUUCAUCAGAACCAUUGUUUCGAGAUGCUACUGAGAAAGAAGGUGGACAGAGACAUAGGACAGAGCUCUAGUUUGAAAACUUCUCUGCUGGAUUACAUCAAACGCUGCCUCCCUGCUGACAGUGAGAAGCACAACAUGGUGGCGCUGUGUUUCAGCAUGAGAAGGGAAAUUGGAGAAAACCAUGAAAUAGCUGCCAGGACACAGCUGAAGAUGAUUGAAUCUCAGGACUGGGUUGUGAAUCCUGAUCUUAAGAACUCAUUGGUCAAGGUGUUGGGUCUGCUAAAGGAUGCUGCAGAAAGUUUCUCCAAGGACUCCUGUGUGCAUCAGGCUGGUCGUUGUGUCCGUGCAGCCAAACUGAUCACUCUUCAGCUCCACUUGUUGAACCAGGGAUCCAACCUACGCAUCAUAAACCUAAAGCCUGCAGAGAUGCAUAGUGCCAUCUUGGCUCUGCCACAGUGCUACCAGGUGUUUGUUGUCGCAGAAGCGUACAGCUACAGUCCAGACUGGGCUGAGAUUUUGUAUCAGAAAGUGGCUCUGAAGGGACACUUUGCUUACCUUGAGGAGCUGAAAUGCCACCGUCCUCUCACCUCCGCCCUAUUUGAAGACAUUUUCAGAAAGCUGGACAGCAUCCCCAGUAGCGUCUGUUCCAAUGUGAAGCGUCUGCUCAACCACUGUGAUGAUGUGUACACCCGCUACAGACUGGCCUACCAGCAGAAUCUCUAUGAUGUCACCAAAACACUGCUGCAAGACAACAAAACCUCCAGCUACAUGAAUGACAGACUUGCCAGUAAAGCAUUUAUCUGACUGAGCAAUGUCAUGUGUCUGUCAGGACAGUCCAGUCUACAGUCAGUGGUCUGUAAAUACCCAAUAAAAUGAUUUUGGUGUACAGCAAUUAUUCAUGUGUACAAAAUAUAGUUUUAUGAAACCAUUAAAAUGACUGAACUUUUCUAAGCUAAAUGAUGUAAUAUUAACAUUAAACAGUUUCUGAUCAGGAUUUCAGAAACUGAAAUCCUGAUAAUUUCUGUCAGGAUUUCAGUUUCUGUCUUUAUUUGAUCAGCAACAAAUUCUGUUAGUCUGUGAAAAUGAUCACAAAAUGACUACAUAGUUUUUACGAUUACUCAUCCAGUUGUGGAACCUAAUAAACAAAAUACAGU